AUGGCUAGUGGCGUCCAAGAAUUUACGGAAGCGGGAGACAUGCGACCGCCACCGAGAAAGACCAUUGUAGAAUGGGUGUUGACCGCUUGGGCAUGGCUCCCCACUGAGGUAAUUACAAAGUCAUUUAAGUCCUGCGCAUUAAAUCUAGCCGUUGAUGGCUCUCAAGAUUCAGAGAUCCAUUGUUUCAAGAAGGGCCACCCAUGCGAAGCAGGAGCAGCGCAGUUGAAGGCACAACUUUCCGUGCUUGAUGAGCCGACUCUUCCAGACCCAUUUCAAGAAAUAACUAACUCAGACAUAGAAGUAGCCGGCGAUGAAAAUAACAUGGUGCUCGACGAGGACUCGGAUGUUGACAUUGAGCUGUAA